AUGUACCCUUCCGAAACUGAAGGCACGAGCCAGGAUAGCAUUUCAACAGAGCUACACGCUCUAAACUUGAUAAAUGUGCCUCCAUCCAGUCGAUUAAAACCUCGCAUUUGGUUUGCACAAGUGGAAGUACAGUUUCAACGUCGUAACAUACCCUCACAGACAUCAAAAUACUCUUUCGUGCUUGGACUACUGCCUACUGAAGUAGCAUCUGAGGUAUCGGAUUUGAUAGAUAACAUUCCUGCAUCUAAUCCAUAUGAUCAGUUGA